AUUACAAUAAAGAAGAAUUUCGAAUCCGGCACAGCACUUCGAAAGCAAAGUGUCAAUCUGCCAUUUUGUCAACGCUCCCAGUGGCAUCCACAACGUUCCGUAACUCUUAAUACGUUAAAAUGUCGGGAGGCUUAGAUAUUCUGUCCCUUAAAGAGGAUGAUAUCACCAAGAUGUUGGUGGCCACCACCCAUUUGGGUUCGGAAAACGUCAACUUCCAAAUGGAACAGUACGUUUACAAGCGCCGCGCUGAUGGUAUCAACAUCAUCAAUCUGGGCAAGACCUGGGAAAAGCUGAUGUUGGCUGCCCGCGCCAUUGCCGCCAUCGAGUACCCACAAGAUGUCUUCGUCAUUUCGUCGCGUCCCAUUGGUCAGCGUGCUGUACUGAAGUUCGCUAAGUACACCGAUACAACACCAAUUGCUGGCCGUUUCACUCCUGGUGCAUUUACCAAUCAAAUUCAACCGGCUUUCCGUGAACCUCGUCUGUUGGUGGUUACUGACCCAAACACCGAUCAUCAGCCCAUCAUGGAAGCUUCAUAUGUGAACAUCCCCGUCAUCGCAUUCUGCAACACCGAUUCGCCUCUGCGUUAUAUUGAUAUUGCUAUUCCAUGUAACAACAAGGCACCUCACUCCAUCGGUUUGAUGUGGUGGCUGUUGGCACGUGAAGUACUCCGUCUGCGCGGAACAAUCUCGCGUGUCACUGAGUGGCCAGUUGUGGUCGAUUUGUACUUCUACCGCGAUCCUGAGGAAGCUGAGAAGGAAGAAGCCGCUGCCAAGGAGUUGUUGCCACCUCCCAAGGUUGAAGAGGUUGUUGAACAUCCAGUUGAGGAAGCUACCAACUGGGCUGACGAAGUUGCCGCUGAGACUCCUGCUGGAACUGAAGACUGGAAUGACGAUGCCGUCAAGACUUCAUGGGGUGGAGAUGGUAACUUCUAAAGCAUUGGCACAGAAUUCGAAAUAAAGAGUUUUGUGAAAAAUUAAGUCUGUAGGCGAUGGCUAAAUGACCGAAAUAAAGUAAUUUUAUUGGUAUAUCAA